CCGGCUGGCCACAGAGGGAGGAGCGCGGCGCAGACGGAGCUCGCGUCUGUCCUCUACUUCCGGAAUUUAAAGCCGGUUUCCGGAAGCCAGGACGGUGUCCCCAUGACAACCGACGUUGAGUCUUGGAGGCCCUUGCUUAGAGCAAGGGAAACAGCUCUGAGUCAGAGGAACUAGAAGCCUCUCCCUCAGUGGUGGGGAGAGAACCAGAACUGUUUUCUAGGGAACUGUGGAAUGUGCCCUUGGGGGCCCAAGAAAACAAAAGGAAGAUGCUCCAGACCAGUAACUACAGCCUGGUGCUCUCCUUGCAGUUCCUGCUGCUGUCCUAUGACCUCUUUGUCAAUUCCUUCUCUGAGUUACUCCGAAUGGCUCCUGUCAUCCAGCUGGUGCUUUUCAUCAUCCAGGAUAUUGCAAUCCUCUUCAACAUCAUCAUCAUUUUCCUCAUGUUCUUCAACACCUUCGUCUUCCAGGCUGGCCUGGUCAACCUCCUGUUCCAUAAGUUCAAAGGGACCAUCAUCCUAACAGCUGUAUACUUAGGCCUCAGCAUCUCCCUUCAUGUCUGGGUCAUGAAUUUACGCUGGAUAAACUCCAACAGCUUUGUUUGGACAGAUGGACUUCAAACACUAUUUGUAUUCCAGAGACUAGCGGCAGUGCUGUACUGUUACUUCUACAAACGGACAGCUGUGAGACUGGGCGACCCUCGCUUCUACCAGGACUCUUUAUGGCUGCGCAAGGAGUUCAUGCAAGUCCGAAGGUGACCUCUUGUUGUCCCACUAAUGGAUGCCUUACCUUCCUGAUAGAAGCCAUGUUUGCUGCUCUGCAGGGAGGGUUGUCCCUAUGUACCAGGAAGCAGCUGGAUUUUCCUAGGAGGGCUCAGGCCAGUUGUGUUCAGCAUUCAAGAAGGAAGAUCCUCCCUCUUGUAAAUAAAAGUGUUCCCCGACAGACUCUAACACAUAAUCCCUUCCUUGCCUCCCACCUCAGUUCUACCCACUUUCCUUCCUUUGCUGCUCCAUACUGUUCAUUCUCUCUGCCCCUCUUUCUUAUAGAGGGCUCUGUAGCUCUUACCCUUGUGAAGCUUUUCAUUUAGCCUAGGACUGGAGGACCCCCCAGCCCCCACUUUCCUUGCACCACACACGAGUGACUGAAGGUUGUGAACAGUGAUAGUUAUGUGCUCCUGACUGAUCACACCUUAGACAGCUAGAUUUUGUACCCAAGGCACUUUUUUUACAUUUUAUAAAUAGGAAAUAAAUUUCCUUUUUCUAUAAAUAGUAGAGUUUAUCUGUCCAGCUGGAUCUCAUCAUGGUUAAAAGGCGUGCCAAGUCCUAGCUUCAGCAUCUACGUGACACAUGAGCAGUUUGAGCCACAGAUCAAAUCCAAGUAUUUCUUAAGCCUCAUUAUAAGUAUAAGGUAUUUUUGUAGAAAUUCAAGCUGUAAUCUGAUGCCCCAUCCCCUGCCCCUGGAUUUCCAAACUAAUAUGCUUCAUUCAGACUCUCUCUCCCUAUCAGAAGUUUAAUCUGCCUUCAGAAGAAUAAAAAUGUUCUUUUGCCUGUUUUGGCAAAAGAAAUUUUUAAAAUUCAUAUGCCCAUGACAUUACUUUUCUAUUGCCAGAAUAAUGUAUAACAAGCCACCACCAAACUUCAGGGGCAUACAGUAAUAAACAGUUACUUAGCUCCCAGAUCUUGGGCUACAGCUGAUCUGGACUGGGUUUAGCUGAUUUCAGCCAGGCUUGCUCAUGUGUCUGGUCAGCUGUGGGUCCAGUAGACAACUGUGAUGGUCUUGGGAUCCUUCGGCUCUUGGCUAAUAACUCAGGGUGACCUUGGCUAGAAUAGCUGGGGUUCCUCUGGUUCACAUGAUUGACUAGCAGACUAGCAGGGAUCCAUCCACAUGACAGUGGCAGAGCAGGAGAGAAUAAGCCCCAGCAUGCAAUCCCAUUUCAGGCCUUUGCUUGUACUGUGUCUUGUGGUCAAAGCAAGUCAUGUGAUUGAGCCCACAGUCAGGAAAAGUACUGCAAAGUUUCAAGGCCAAAGGGGUGAAUACUGGAAAGGUGAAGAAUGGGGGCCAUUAAUUCAAUGAAGUCCAUCACACCGCAGAGUUUCUCUAUAAAGUGUGUUAUUCAGAGACACUUUGGCACAGGGGUUAGCACAUUUUUUUCUCUAAAGGGCCAGAUCAUAAAUAUUUUAGAUUUUGAAGGCGCAACUAUGUAACUCUGACAUUAAAACAUGAAAGCAGCCAUAGACAAUAUAAUACAUAAAUGAUGUAAAUGAAUGAACGUGGAUGUGUCUAUUUAGGUACACUGAAAUUUGAGUUUCAUAUGAUUUUCACAUGUCACAAAAUGUUCUGAUUUUUUCAAUCAUGUAAAAAUGUACAAACUAUUCUUGGCUAGAUUUGGCUGCCAGGCCAUAGUUUGCCAACCCCGGCUUUAGGAGCCUGGAAUAAAUUCUGUGGAAAGAGGUAAAAGAGAGAAUAGGUAAUUAGAUGUCUAGAUUUUAACAUACAUUAAGAAAGGAACAACAUUCAAAUAAAUGUUUAAUGCACCAGCCUAUCAUCUAAUUGGAACAAGUGAUCUGAAAUUCCAACAAAGCCGUCAUCUACACUUACUGUAUCUUUAUCUGUGAAAAAAUGAACAGUAGCCUGAUUUGAAUCUUUUCAUAAAUGCUUUUAAUGGACAAAACAAACUCUGUGAAAUAAUUUAAAGAAGUUUAUUCUGAGCCAAUAUGGGUGCCCAUGGCCUAGAGAAUAUAGUCCUAAGAGAUCCUGAGAAAAUGCAUCCAAGGUGGCUGGGUUACAG